AUGGCUACUGUAACUUUUCAGGUGCGCGCGCUGCUCUGCGGCGACACCUCGGUGACGGCUGACGCGGCCGCAGAGUGGACCUGCUGGCAGCCAAGAGCCACUUCCUUUUGGAACUGUGCCCAGCAGACAGGCUGGACCGGCAACCCUCAAGCCUGCCAGCUGCUGGACAAGCUGUCCGAGUGCUACGAGCACGUGGCGGCCGAGUGGUGCGGGGCGGGGUCCGGCCGCACGGCGCGCAGGGUCAUCCUCCGCGCGCUCGCGCCGCUCCCCGAGUCCCAGUGCCCCGAGCUGGAGCGCGCCGCCAAGGCCCUCAAGCGGGACAAGACGAUGAGCUGGCUGCUCUUCGUCGGCGUCGCCAUCCUCGCGAACAUCCUCUUCGCCCUUGUCGUCCUCGGCUGCUGCACGUGGUACAGGCGCCGGCGCCUGAGGCAUGAGAAGCUACAAGAAGAACCCACGUGACUGUACAGUGGAGAGGAAAGUGAAGUGGUGCUGGUCAUUUGAGUCGGUUUGGCCAUUGAAAAGGAGCACGCCAGAACACAUCACAAGUAUUCCAUUAGUCCUUUGUUCUAUUUUCCUGUAUUGAUCAGGACCCUGUGAUGCAAAUCUUUCACAGCAAUAAAGAAACUUAAAGCUCAAUAUCUUAAAAAGAGUAUGUGUGGAAACUAUGAUGGCAGUGGAUAUUUAAUACUGAAUGACCAAAAGAUAUCUAACCUUCAAAGUCACUAACAAAAUUAGCAGGGA